AGGAACUGGGGCCGCCCUCCCCUCCGGCGAGCGUGGCCGCGCGCGCGUGGGGAGUGGCCCCGCUGCCGCCGCCCGCCAAGCCAUGGUGUCCGGCCUGUCGCCCAGGCGGUAGCCACCCCUCCAGAAGGCCCGCGGCAGCGUCCGCGGCGUGGGCCGCUCGGUCUUCCAGCCAGCGGAGCUGCCGAUGGGCCGCUCGUCGGACGAUGACGGGGACCUCCUCGAGCACGGCGGGCUGCCGCGGGGGCUCUCCGUGUUCCGCACGGCCUCCAGGGCGAGCUUCAGCGACGGCCUCAAGGACAGGCUCCAGCAGGUGCCCGGCCUCCUCGACCCUGCGGCGGCGCCUUGCGACGUGCUCUCCGUGUCCGGAGCGGUCCACCGCGUGUUCGAGGCCGAUGAAACGACCUCUCGAGGCCUCUCGAGGGCGUCCACGGCGCCCGCGGCGCUCUCGUCGAUGCGGGCAUUCGCGGGCGGGGUGUCUGGCAGCGGGCUGCACUCGGAGACCUGCUGGCUGGUGUUCCUCUUCGUGGCCCUCGACGCGUCCAAGAGCCUCGCCGUCUCCUGGGCGGCCCUGAACGGCCACGGUUGCGAUCCGCUCAUGAUAGGCGCCAAGAACGCGCUGUCCAUCGGCUUCGGCAUGCUCCUGGCGGCCUGCCUGGACGGCCGGGCCGGCCUCCGGCGGUGCCUCGACAUGCGCCGCGCCAUGAACGUGCUGCCCAUCUCCUGCCUCUUCUGCGCGGCCCAGGUUUUCGCGCUCUCGGCGCUGCGCGCCUUCGACGCAGGCAGCCUGAAGGUGCUGGCACAGGUCAACCUGCCCACCACCGCGCUGCUGUCCUGGGCGGUGCUGGGGCGCCGCUACUCGGGGCAGCAGUGGCUGGCCAUGGCCCUCCUGCUCUCCGCGACCAUGGCUUUCAUGCAGGUCCGCAUGCUGUUCUUCACGUUCCCUCGAGGAAACCACUCCAACGGCAUUCCAGAGAAGAAGCCGGACAAGGUGCAAGGGAUGAUGCUGUUCCUCACAGGGAUCACUCUCUCCUGUUGCGCGUCCAUAUUCGCGGAGCGGUUCCUGAAGAAGAGGGCAGAGGUGCCGUUCUACAUACAGAAGACGAACAUCAUGUUCGGGGAGCUGGUGACGGCCGCCCUGAUGGCAAAGUUCGUGUCCCUGGGCCGCGGAGGGGGGAGGCUCGGCGGAUCCUGGAUUGGCGACAACUGCCCGUCCUCCUGAUCUGGUUCGUGCACGGCUGGAUCGCGGGGCUAUUGGCGAUCGUCGUCGUCAUGGUGGCGGUGCACCGCAUUGCGGGCACUUAUCGGCCCUGACAUACUCUCCGCGCUGGUCACUUACUUCCUGCCGAUCAUCUUCGCCGUGCCGCACGUGGCCCACUCCUGGCCCGUCACGCUCUCGGCGCUGCUCGUGCUGGCCGCGGUGCUCGUCUUCGCGACGGUGCCGCUGCCGAAGGAGAGGCAAAGUCGGGCCGCCAUGUCAGGCCCAAGAGAGCGAAGGGCGGCCAGCGGCUGGACCUCGCGGGGCGGCUGCUGCCGCGGUCCAACUCGGAGAACGCGCUGAGGACUCCUGGCGAACCCGCAGCUUCCGAAGCGCAGCCCCCGCGCGCUGGACCAGACGCCGCCAGGGCCGACGUCGGGGUGGCACUCGACCGGGCUCGACCGCCGCCAGAUCUCGGACCCACCCUCCGACUGGCACCAGCGCCAGCCCGUCGUCUGCUCGGCGCCCGUGACCGUCGCCCCGGCGACCCCCGCCGAGCUGGUCGGCGAGCCGGGCCCGUGGUGUUGUUCCGUGUGGCUGUUGGUG